AUGGAGGACAUAGAAAUUGUCUUCUUCGAUCCUGACGGCAACAGACUUGCAUGCAGGACUGACAGUAGCUCCAUCGAGAUCUGGGACCUGCGACAAGCCUCGUGCCUUCACUCCUUCCAUACCCGCGACGAUCAUCUCUCGGUCUUGCGCUGGAGGCCUGACGGGAAGGCUCUGGCGACGGGAUGGGAGGACGGGUUGAUCCAGGUGUGGGACGUGGAGACUGGGAGGUGCGUGCGGUCGCUAGAGGGGCACAGAGAAGAGGUGGAAUGCAUGAGCUGGGGGCCAGACGGGAAGACACUUGUGUCAGUCUCGAUUGAUAGUCCCGUAAGGGUUUGGAAUUUGAGCGAGGGCAGAAGUUUUAAACACUCCCAUGGUCCUAUCACAACAGUUAAAUGUCUUGAGUUUGCAAGCGACGGGAAAACUCUUGCAGCUGGAUGCAACGAUGGCACCAUUCAGAUAUGGAAUACAGAAGACGACGAGCUCCAGCAGUCCAUGAAAGGACAGUCUUCGACCACAUGGAAUCCGGACGGGCAGACGCUUUUAUCACUUUCGCAAGGGGAGAUGUCGAUAUGGAAUUCGAGAUCGGGAGAACGCAAGAAAUGGUUUGAUAGAACGAGCACUGAUAUUGUUCUUCUCUCGGUCUUGCGCUGGAGGCCUGACGGGAAGGCUCUGGCGACGGGAUGGGAGGACGGGUUGAUCCAGGUGUGGGACGUGGAGACUGGGAGGUGCGUGCGGUCGCUAGAGGGGCGCAGGGACGCAGUGCAAUGCAUGAGCUGGGGGCCAGACGGGAAGAAACUUGCGUGUGGGUAUCUGCAAGGUGACGUUCGACUUUGGGACGUUGACUCUGGUGAAGCUCAAGCGCUGGAAACAAGAAUUAGAGUCGCAACUUGCUUUAAACAAGAUCCUGGCAAGAAGUUAGUGGCAGCUGGAUCACAGAAUGGAGUUGUCAGCCUGUGGGAUGUGAAGACUGGAGAGUGUAAGGAAAAGCUUCGUGGCAUCGUUGAAAACUUUAUCACGUGUUUGAGUUGGCAUCCCAAUGGAUGCUUGCUUGCUGCUGGUGAUAACAAGGGUUUGAUUCAAGUUUGGAACGUGGGAGAAUCGACGUCAACCCCAAACGUGUUUGAGGGCCAUACGGAGGAAGUGUUGAUGUUGAGGUGGAGCUCCGACGGGACGAGCUUGGCAUCGACAGCACACGACAUGACCCUUCGAGUGUGGGAGAUGUCAAGAGAAGGACACGGGCACGUCCAGGCAGUGAGCGACGCGCGAGGAGUCUGUCUCAGCUGGAGUCCUGAUGGGAGGCACAUCGCGUCAGGGUGGGAUGACGAGGCCCUUCGGCUUUGGGAAGUU